GAGAGAGUGAGAGAGUAGCUGUGAUCUAAACUGUGUAUCAAUACAUUCCAAAACAGAAGUGGGAAAGGAUGUACUUCCAAUAUCCUCUUAAAUAAAAUGCAUUGUAAAUUUCCUAGUUCGAUGAGUUUAGUCGAUGCCGUUUUAAACAAGUGUAUAUUGUGAAUUAUAUAUGAAAGCUAUAGUAUAUAGAUCUAUAUUAUAUAUUUAGACUAAGAUACUAAGAAUAAGUACAUCUCUAUAACUAUAAGUCAAAUAAGUAGUAGCUUGUAGAUCACUAUAAUUGUGCCACGGAAACCUAGAAAACAAGGAAUAACAAGGAAUAACAACAAAUGAUAAAUACGAAAACCAUGACAGUUGAUUUUUUGUUAUUUUCCACAUUGCUUCACUUAAUUUUAACAUUUGGAUUUUGUUAUGCUAAAUCAGAAGGUCACUGGGGUGAAUGGGGAGCACAAAGUCCCUGCAGUGUGACAUGUGGAUCUGGCACUCAAACAAUCGAGCGGGUCUGGAUACCUGGGUCAGGAGAGUCUUCAGAAAGAUAUAAAUCUAUACAAACCUUCACAUGCACUGAUCCAAAAUUUCCUGAAUGUCCACGGGAUGGUGCUUGGUCAGCAUGGGGUGCCUGGAAUGAAUGUUCUAAGCCAUGCGGAGGAGGAGAAAAAGAACGGAUUAGAGAAUGUCUAGGCAUUACUGCUGGUGGGAAAAAAUGUGAUGGUGAAUCUCUUAGCAAAGAACCUUGCAAUAAAGAUCCAUGUCCUCCACUACCAAGAAACUUCGCAAUGUCGCAGUGUAAUGCAAGAUAUAAUUUUACAUGUGAAAGUAAAAAGAUGUGCAUUUUGAUGUCCCAAAAGUGUGACCACAUAGUUCAGUGCCAUGAUGGCAGUGAUGAAGUCAAGUGCCCUGUACACCCUGUUGUUGGCCCUAUAUUUUAUAAAUUAAGAAAUAGUGUUUUGCCUCUCCAGUCUGGAUUUACAACAUUGCUAGGAUACCAGCUGAUUGUAUUAUGCUUGCUUGCUACUCACUGAAGAGGAGAAAGUACUAGUCAUUUUUCAUUUUCACUAAAUACUAUUUUUAUGUACUGCUGUCUUCAGAUAAUGUGUUGAUCUAUUCCCUGUUUUGAUCCUAAUAAAUAAUUGUGAUGAUUUUUGUGAUAUAAUAGAUAGUACAGUAUAUUAAAAAAAACUUUCUGAAUUCCAGUUGCUGGAAAAUAAAAAGCUUAAUAUAGACAAUUCAGUUGAUCUCAAUAAAAUAAAUAGGGGACGGAGUAGUCUAGCGGUAGAGAGCUGGACUGCUAACCUGUAAGUCUCGAGUUCAAAUCUGGGUUCAAGUCAGUAGAGUGUCCCUGAGUCCACCCAGCUCUGAUGGGUACCUAACUCACGUUAGGGAAAGUAAAGGCGGCUGGGCACUAUCUCUUCAUAUGCCGAGGUCACAGAAACAAGUGAACUCUACUUCACUUUUCUAUAGACUGUCAGGUUUGAAAAGGGAACUUUAAUUAUUUUUUUUUACAAUAAAAUAAAUACAAAAACAUGUAAUUCUAUUAUCUAUAGUUAUUGUAAACAAUAAUACAGCCUUAGUAAUCAACAGUGUAAGCAAAAAAGUAAUAUUUCCUUUAUUGUUUUCCUCUUAUUUAAAUAAUUUUAUUAUUUAGUAAUCAUGUAAAGAAAUCAUCUGUUGUUUGUGUAGACCAACCUUUUUAAAGAAAACAUUCCAAUUUAUUUUUCAAUAUCAGUGGUUGAUAUUUCUUUAAAUAGCUUAUUUAACUUUUGUUUUACUCUUUAAUGUUUAUUGUUGUUUUGUUUUUUUUUGUUUUUUUUAAAAUAAUUUUUAUACUUUGAAAAUGUAACAAUCCUUACUAUACAUGCACUGUAAAUGUAGCUUUAUUUUUUCAAAAAUUGAACUCAUAAUAUGUAAUGUAUUAUACAUUGCUACAUGUAUUAAUUAUUCAACAAUGUAUAAAUAUAGAGUCAACUUUAAAAUUUAAAAGUAGUUUGAAUGAAUAUUAUAAUACAAUGAUUACUUAGUUUUAUUAAAUUUAAAUGCUAUUUCUCUUUAUUUAACAAUGUUUUUAAAAUUUGAAUGAUACUCAUAAACUUUUUAAAAUUUGUUGUUUAAUGUGAUAUUCUUUAAAGUUGUAGUAUAAUUUCCUACUUUGUAUUUGAUAAUUCAUAAUGAAGGUUUUUAAAAUGUACAAACAAGUAAAUAUGAAUGCACUUCAUAUUAAUCUGUUUUAGUAAGUUUAAUAAUUGAUAGUGAAAGAAGAGUAAAGAUAAGUUUAAAAAAAAGUAAAUUUGAAGUAAAGGAAAUAAACAUAAAUAUGGCAGCAGAGAAAUUUAAUGAUUGAUUUAAAGCUGAGCCUUGAUUAUCAGAUGUGGGCAUAGGAGCAAAAUAUUUAUUGCUAAUUGGCAAAGCUAAAACAUUGGUUUUUAAUAACUAGUAUAGGAUGAGGAAUUCAUAUCUCAUUGAUAUGCAGUAAUGAUAAUGUUAACCAGAAAAUUUUGCACAAUCAUUAAUUAGUCAUUAAUAUAUUAGCCUUCAGAUUCAAUGUCGUCAUUUGGUAGGGUGUUACCAGGUGCGGUAAUUGGUGUCAUCCCAUCCACCUCCACCAAUAAUUUUAACUGAAUAAAACAGUUUUGACACUAAAUUUGAUAAUUUUUUGUUUUUGUGUCACUCCCACUCCCCUGCCUUGUGAUAUGGCUGUUCAGAUUUAUUUUUAUUCCAUGUAACUCAAUAUCAAAAUAUGUGAUUUAAAGCUUCAUUUUUUUCCCUGGACCAUGAAAACCACAGGUUAAGAGAUUAAUUUCUAAAACAUCCCUCCUGCUUUUUAGUUUAUUUGUAUAUACAUUUUUUGUUUACAAGAUAAAUACUGCUAAUAUAUAUAUUUGUUUUUUCUUAUGUCCAUCUUGAUAAUUUUGUUCUUUACAUUUAUGCUCAAUUUGAUAAAUGUAAGCUGUUUUUUUUUUCUACAUAUAAUUAUGUAAAAAGUGUUAAAUUAAACUUUUUCGAGUGAUUAUCAAAUAAUCUUACUUUGAAAAUUGCUACUGUUUAUUUCUUUUAUUUUUGUGCUUGAAAUUUACUGUACAAUAAAUUUGCAUUAACCUAAUAUUUAAACUAAACUUCUUUUAUAGUGCUAUCAACAUAGAAAUAUAAACCCACAAUUUUUUCUUACAUAUUUCUACUGCAGAAAUCUUAGUGAAUUACACCAUGUCACUGUCACAUUGCCAUUUUGAUAAUUAAACAUACAUAGUUAUAAUAAGAUAGAUUUCGCCAAUUAGAUCAAAAUAUAGUUAUUGAUUGUUAUUUUGAAAACUUUAUUAAAAUCAUGUGCUUUAAAUUAAAUAACUCAGUUUUUAUAAGUUAUUUUUGGUAAAUAAAUCUUUCAAACUUGUUUUAUUCAACUGAAUUUUGAGGUCUCCAAAGUUUGUUAGCUAUGUUUUUAAACCUUUGUGUACAUUUUAUUCAAGUUUUACUAAUUAUUGUCAAAAACUAUUUCUGACAAGAUCAAGGAAAUUUUUAGAUAAGAAAAAAAGUGUAGACAUUACUGAUAUAAGGUAACCAUUCAUCUGGAAUACAUUGUACAAAUCUUGAUGGAUGAUAUGGUUUAAAAAGUUUUAUUUCAGUUCCCCUUGGACCAAUCCAUACCUGACAUCCUCUAAUCCACACUUAUCCUUUUGUCCACACUUAUCCUUUUGUCCACACUAAUCCUUUUGUCCACACUUAUCCUUUUGUCCACACUAAUCCUUUUGUC